UGAUUUUGAAUCUGGAGAAACGCUGUGUCGUUCGGUGCUUUUAAGGCCAAUAAUCCAAAAGCUUUCAACAUAGAACAUGAUCGAUUAAACAAUAAUCCCACAAAUGGGAACUUACCUCCUCCUUCAGCUCUCCUUCACUACGCCACCAUCACAGCCACUUCUAAACCCUAACAAAUUCGCUGAUACUACUUGGCCAAUUGCCACUACUGUCCCCAAGAACUCGUGGUGUACUUCAUCAUCAGCUGGCCGCGUCAAAAUUAAUCUCCAAGAUGAGCUUUACACCGACGGUGAUGAUGACUACGAUGAGUUUGGGUUCAGUGGUGGUGAGAAGCAGAGAAUCUGGUGGUCUAAUGACGACGAGGAUAUAUGGGUCGAUGAUGAUGAGGAGGAUGGCUUCUGGAUUUUCAAGGUGAUUAGAGCUUUUGGUUGGAUGGUUCCCGCCAUUGGUAUAUCAUUGCUGCUGGGAACGGGCCCUAGUGCUUUCUUAAUGGCAUUAGCUGUUCCACUAGGACAGACAGCACUCUCUGCACUGAUGGAUAAGGUCAGCAGGCCUAGACCCAAAACUGAAACCGGAAGGACUAAGAAGAAAACAUUUGUUAGAUCAUCCAAAUUCAAAAGGGGAGAAACAAGCAGGAGACGAGAAGAAAAUAAGUCUCAAGAGGAAAAAGGAAGUUAUCAAUCGUGGAUGGCAGCUGAUGGUGUUUCAUAUAAAAACAGUGGCAAAAGAGUGCGUAAGUUUGGUGGAUGGGAUGAGCUAGAUGCCACUUAUAAGGUUCCCCGGGAGACGCCAAGACAAAAGGCAGAUGAGCUCCCAAAGCAACAAACCAAAGGCAAAAUGAGUCGGACGAGAAUAAUAAGGGAUACACCACUUCUGCUUAGAGAAAAUGAUAAGGGGAUUGACAAAGAGCCAGACCCUAGAGCAUUUAAAGUCUAUUCCAGAAGAGGGAAAAUGAGCUCUAACAGAAUGGAAGGGGAAGAAACGAUAGUCUGUUACUAACAGAAGAUUUGUGAAGAUGGUUGAUAGAGGAAGACUUGGAAAUUAGUGUAAGAAGGCGUGUGGAGAUAUUAGGUUAUAAAAGGGGUAGAGGAAUGACAAUAUGGGAUAUGGAGAGAAUUUCUUUUCAAUAAAGGGGAAGAGUUUCUUCUGCAAGGGGAUUGAAUCCAGGGGGCUUCACAAAUUUUAUUUCCUUGUUUCCUUUCAAUUUCUUCAAUGAGAAUGUUGAGUUGUAGAGAGUUUGUUGGAUCA